UACACUAAAACUUUAUCUGAACAGUGAAGACAUGUUACAUUUGUCAAAUGAUAAAAAGAUAGCAAUUGCUUUAAUAUCUUUGGCUUCUGGUAAAAGUAAUAAAUAUAUUGGCCACAUGUUUUCAGUGUCUAAAUCUGAUGUUGCAAAUAUCAUUCAAAAUAUUUCCACUGCAAUACUGAAGUUGAUGCCCAAACAUAUUCAAGUUCCUAAUGAAAAUUCCACUAAAAAUAUUGUAAAAUCUUUUGAAAAAAGGUGGAGUUUCCCUCAAACAACUGGUGUUCUUGGUAGUGUUCAUAUUCCUAUACAGAAAUCAUGUUUGCCUGAGAAUGCUUCCGAUUAUGUGAAUAGUGUUGGUGGCUUUUCAAUGAUAUUGCAAGGCAUAGUAGAUGCAUCAUAUUUAUUUUGGGAUAUCAAUGUAGGUUGGCCAGGAAGUGUGCCUGAAUCUCGUGUAUUUACUAGUUCAAGUCUUUGGUUGAAAGGUCAGGAACGUACACUUUUACCCGAUUAUCCAAGGAAACUUGGGAAUGUUGAUAUACCAUUAUUCAUCCUUGCUGGUUCCUCAUAUCCACUUUCACACUGGGUUAUGAGGCCUUUUUUAGUAGAAUCUUUGUCAGAGGAUGAAAAGAAAUUCAAUGAAAAAUUUACUUUUGCUUAUAAUGCUUGUGAAAUCGCUUUUAAGAGGCUCAAAGCAAGAUGGAACUGUCUUGUCAAUGGAAAUAUUUGUGCAAUUGAGGAUUUUCCUACUGUUAUCAGUGCAUGCUGUAUACUUCAUAACAUAUGUGAGGAACAAAAAGAAAUUAUAUGUGAUGACUGGAUAAUUAAAGCUGAAACUUAUUAUAAACAACCUAUUCCACAGCUUUGCAACACUGUAAUAGGACCACAAGCUGAAAAUUUUCGACAAGCGAUUAAAGAACAUUUUGUUUCUAGUGAAGGUCAAGCCUAGACUUGUUUAUUUUUAAAUUUGCCAAAUUGUCGGCAAAUUUUUCUGAAUAAGGAAUUUUUGGGAAGAUUACUGUGACCUCCCAUCGGGGCACCCCUGAAUGUGAAACGUCAUCAUCUCUUCAUAAGCUUGACAGUUUAAAUUUUAGAAACACUUUUUAAAAAGAAUUUGAGUCUAAAAAAUUUUGCUUCUUUUUUAAGGUGGAAGGGGCAUCAGAUUUCAAAUCUGCCUAGGGCGGCAUGGAGCUAAAUUCGACUCUGGCUAUAGCAUAGCAUAAAAAUAAUUAUAAUGACCAUUGACGCACACAAGGGAGGGGUCCAGGGGGUCCAGACCCCUCCCAUAGGUCUUGCUUUUUUCCCCCGAUUGAUUAUGAUUCUAUUUAUUUUGUACAUAGAAUAAUUUUAAACAAAGGUCUCAAUACUUUCAGUUGUAAUAUGUGAAAAAAUAAAAUCCUCAUGUUAAAAUAUUUUUUUUAAAUGUUGUGCACUUUUCCUAUAAUGAAUUGUUUGUAAGAAGCAGAAUGGUGAUUAUAAACGAAUACUCUGCAAUAACCAUGUUUUCAGUUUUGUAAUUACAAAUUAAAAUGAGAUUCUAUGAACUUGAAUCCAUUUUUCAAAUAUGAGAAAAAUAAAAGCAUACAUUAGUUUGC